UACCAACAGUCAUCUGUCGUUAGUCGUUUGCGUGUUUGCUGUUGGUCAUUUUUAUUAUAAAAUUACAAAAAUAUUGCCUUCAUCAUGAGUAUCAUCAUGUCUUGUACUAUUUUUAGUAUUCAUUAUGAUUAAUUUACCGAGACUUGCUGUUUUAAUGAAGAUAUACCAAAGUGCUAAUGAAUAAAUUGUAUCCAGAUAGUACAGUGUUUGUGCAAAUGAUUGUUAUCAAAAAUAUGUAAAAUAAGAAAAAUCAUGUUGAUAAUUGUUAAUUUAAUCAACUAUCACCUUCCGUUUAACCUAAUAUAGGGAUCUAUUUAUACAUUGAAACAAAAACACAAAGUUGAAAUCGGUCUAAGUGGGUCAACGCAGAGUUGGUAUUAUUUGAUUACAAUGAAUGAGAAAAAGUUGGUUCAAAACUUCAAGAGUUACAUUAACGUAUCUCCGCUGAGUAAAGGAGAAAAAAAUGGUUCAUUACAAGAAAUAAAGCCCAAACUAUUAAAUGGGGAGCUGGUGACAGGCGCCGCGCACAGCGUGGUGAUGCUGACGCCGCUCAGCGAAUGGGACCGCGGCCGCUUCGGGUCACUCUUCGUCACCAACUACAAGCUUUCCUUCGUUCCCCUGGAGAACUCAACAACUGAUGAGUACUGCCAGCGCAACUUCCUGCUGGGCGCGUUCGACGUGCCCCUGACCGGUGUCGGCGCUGUGUGGCUGACUGAUGGCGGCCCUAUACGCCGGCGGAGACUCAUGCCUUACGGGGACAUGCCCGCCAAGGUCAAGGGUCUGCAGGUUGUUUGUAAGAACAUGAAAGUCCUUACGUUCAGCUUUGCGAACUCCCCAAUCGACAACGGCCGCAAAAUAGCACUAGCUCUAAUGCACCACGCAUUCCCAAAGAGACACGACCUCCUGUUCGCGUUCGAGUACAGAGAGCCGUACUACCCGACGCUCCCCUCCGACAUGAACAUGUUCCACAGGCCCGGCGACUGGAAGCGGGAACUAGAGCGGUGCGAGUGCCCGCACUGGAGGAUAACCUGCAUAAACGGAACAUCGGACGCUUUCAUGUUGACUGCAGGGGAAACACUCAUAGUUCCCAGUUCAGUACUUGAUUAUAAUCUAAUGGAGUCGGCGCGCCACUUUCGGUCGGGAAGGGUCCCGAUAUGGGUGUGGGGCAGGCCUGAAGGCGCUGCCUUACUGAGAAGCGGAGAACUACUGUCAACUGAACAGUCGGCCACCGCGGAGAGCGUGCUUUUAGAACAGGUGCGUCGCUCCCACCCGAAGCUGACGCCGCCCCACGUGAUCUACCUGUGCGGCAACACGUUCACGAAUACCAGCGGGGCCAACGUACUGCCCCCUCUGACCACGCUACAGACCUCCUAUAAGAAACUCGUUGAAUUAUGUACACCGACCACGUUACGACAAUUCUGGAACCAAGACUCGCAGUACUACACGAUCCUGGACGAGAGCCGGUGGCUCCGCUACGUGGCCAACUGCAUCGCCUUCGCGGACGACGCCGCGCAACAACUCGCCAAUAACGUCACUGUUGUCUUACAAGAAGGUGAUGGCGUGGACUACUGUGCGGUGGUAUCGUGCCUCACUCAGCUGCUGGUGGACCCUUACUUCCGAACGAUAUCGGGAUUCCAGUCGCUCAUACAAAAGGAAUGGAUCGCGCUCGGACACCCCUUCUGUGAUAGGUUCGGUCUCCCGCGGCCGGGCAGCCCCAAGGAGCAGGUGAAGGGCGCGGCGGCGGCGGCGCAGGCGGCGCCCGUGCUGCUGCUGUUCCUGGACUGCGCCUGGCAGCUGCUGCAGCAGUUCCCGGCCGCCUUCCAGUACUCCGAGACCUACCUCACCACGCUCUGGGACGCCGCGCACAACCAUAUCUUCGACACCUUCCUGUUCAACUGCGCGAGGGAUCGCGAUCUAGCUGUGGCUAAGAACUUCGUUCAGAGGCCAGUAUGGGAUUGGGGCGAACAGUUCUCAGAGCAGGACAAGGCGUUGUUCUACAACCCGUUGUACAUGGGCACCAAACCCGCCAGUACCACGCAAUCACAAAGGCUAUCUCAAUCGUCUCUAGGCACGGGCAGUGCGGGCCCGUGCCAGUCCCGCCUGCAGCCGUGUCGCGUGGUGGCGGGCGUGGAGCUGUGGGCGCAGUGCUACGAGCGCUGGCUGCCGCCGCUGGACGCGCCCGCCGCCGGGCCCGUGCAGUACCAGCUGCACAACUACCACGCGCGCGCGCAGAUCCACCAGCUGAACGAGAAGCUGUCGUCCCUGUCGAUCCUGUCGAGCCGGCAGUCCAACGGCUCUGGCCCGGCCCCGCGCGUGUGGGCGGUCCCUCGCUUCUUCCCGUUCAGCGUGAGCCGCGCGGAGGCCGCUCCCGACCUGGACGCCAUGCAAGUCAGCCUCAUCGACGCUAGUCAACUCCUCGACUCACAGUCCCUACUCAACGCGCCCGACUAAGGUACAGCAGCUGCAAGCUACCAGCCUACUUACUAUGACCACCUGAAACAAGACUCCACGUAUGUGAAAGCGAGAUGACACACAGGCCCGUAGCGGCGUCUCACUUCCACGACAGCUCCAGUCCUGCUUCAAGAGUUCAUGGUUCGGGCAUUGGUAACUGCUCCGGAUACAAACAAACAAAUUUAAUACUAAAUAAAACACAUUUUAUUUUACCAAUAUCCAAUAAUAAAAAUAAAACGCGCAGUACGGUCAGUGUACCUUGGUAGCAACGAAAUGAGCUACAGACAAAAAUAUAGACUACUAUAACCGUUACUGUACCGUAGAAACAAAUGUUCAAUUUGGUUUUUUUUUAUGAAUAUGUAAAAUGCAGUAAUAAUUCCGUUGAUUGAAUUAGGACAAGACAUUUGACAGUUUUUGUUAACAAAAUAUAUGAAACAUAAACAAUGCUACGGUUAUCAUUUUAAACAUUUUUACUUUUAAUUGUGUUUACCUGUUUGGCAGUAUUUAGAUAAAUCGAAGCCUAAUAUUUAAAUUGAUAAAAAGAAACGAAGUAUCACUUAAAAACUACGUAAAGAAAUUGUGUGUGCAUAUCGAUUUUAUGACAAAAUCAGCAGUUUAAAAUCGGAAUCAAAUAAUGUAGAAAAUUGUCGCAAGCGAUUUUAACACUUCAGCCUAAAACAAUAAGUUUAAAGUCUGUUAUUCAAGUCGCUUCCAUGUGUUCCGCGCCUUAGGUUAAACAGUUUGUUGUCGUCCUAAUAUUUGUUACGUAUGUUUAAUUACCUGGAAGAUUAUUCUUAAUUAUAAUGAUUAGAGUAAAUGUGAAUGUUAUGACUUGUUUUCAUAUCAAGUUCGCGUCCGUUGAUUUUAGUCAAUUAUUUUGUAUAUAGAUGACUGUUAUUUGAUUUUAUCCUUGAAGUUUUCAUAGCAAGAUAGUAGUCUUCCAGUUUUCGUAUCCCGAUAUUAUUAUUUCCUUGUACCAAAUAACAGGUAGACAAUAAACCUUCCGCCGAGUGUUUAUCAAGAACAAGUCUCUCGAACAAGGCUCAUGUUUUACGCCGAAGCCAUUAUGGAGUAUUAGGUAAAUUAGAUUUUAAUAUAUUCGCGUUACAAUUAAGACGUACAUAAUAAUUAAGUUGUAUAUAGUCGUGAUAUAGCGUCGUUUUCUGUAAUAAAUAAAAGUAUUUUUAAGUUCCCUGUAACAAGGAAUUGAUUAAAAAUGUAUAUUCCAUUUUGAAAUGAUAGUUAUAUUUUUAUAAACGAUCGUUUUAUGGUGUGACCAUUGAAAUUAAAUGAAAAUAUUCAGUCUAUGCGGUAAUAGGUAGACACGUCCGGGCCAUUCCUAAAUUAUUCCAGUAUUUCAAAUUUAUUAUCUUUCAAUGUCUGCUUGAUGUCGAGCUUACUGUCAAACGUUAACAUAUAAAUAAGUACCUAAUUUUGUUACCAAUACUAAUCCUUAUUAAUACUACUCUACAGAAUCUAAAGAUACUAUUUCGCUUGAGAAACAACCGCAUGAUUUUAUAAAGAUUGAUCAGAUAUUAUUCAUACAAAAUAUAACUGAAUGUUGAAUGAUUAUGUUGUAAAUAUGGCAGCUUCAAUGCUUACUUAAGUACUUUGUUAUUAUCUUAUUUAUUUGACCGUAAUUUUACUGUAAUUAUCAUUUAUUGAAUAUAUUCGUACAACUAUUGUGUUGAACUGAUAUGUUAAUAUUAAUAUGUACUUUAUCAUUGUCCACUAAAUAAUAUUACUAACUAAGUUGAGUCAUGGAAGUUGAAUACAGUGUAUUCAGUUAAAAUUAAAUAGUACAAGUAUAUAUCGGGGCUCUUUAGGUAAAGAGUCAGCCAUAAAACAAACGCUGGCGCCAACUUACAUUAAAAAUUUAAAAAACAUUCUUAGAAUCAAAUACGUCCUAAGUAUUCGGAAUAUUUCGCUAGUGGCGCCAUCAAUAACAAUUUCACCCCUUCAUAAAUAGUUUUAUAGACUGCAGGAGACACUUGUUCAUGAACAAAUUAAAAAGGUGGCAAAUAUAAUAUUUAUAUACGGUUAAAACUUAUUUUGAUAUUUACCAAAAUAACUGACAUCGAACUCAAACUCCGCAAGUACCGAAUUCGAAUGUACUUGAAAAAUAACUAUAAUGACAGUUGACCCUUGUACGGCAACUGCUUUGUUAAACUUUAAAGUAUAAACGACUGGUAGCAAAAGACUGAAAAGUUGCUACUGUUAUAAUAUACCCUGGUGUUAGCACUUACUGAAACGCAAUACGCAGGUGUUUCAUGAACAUUGCUGCACAUAGAUGUCGCUACUGACGUCACGUUUGACACAUUCCCGUGUCCUCUUGUUACCUUAUAAAUAUAAACUGCCAGUACAGCUGGCAUGAAAGGCAUCAGCGUUACAUUUCGUUAAGAUGCCAAAUUAUUUAUGUAAAAUCAUUAAUGCAUCAUUUUUUAUCAUAUCACGAUUGUAAUUUUAGUUUUAACUGACGUUAUUCUAUGUAACGACUUGUAACGGUAAAGCCAUUCGUGCCAGCUCUGCUGUUUUAUUGAACCUACAUGUUGGGAAACAAGCAGUGUUGUUGUAACAUUGUAAGUAUAACUAUUUUUAUCAUGUAGUUGCAAAUAUUUAUAUAAUUUAUAAGUUUACGAACUGUUAUAACUGAUUAAUACAAAAGAUUGUAUGCUUAUGUCUUUCAAGUUUCUAAUGUCACUGUCAUUGUUGCAUGGGCGGGAAAUUUUGUAUUAGAGAUGGGUCAGGCCUGUUACAUUUUAGUUUAGUCGAUUUUAGCAGCAGCAAAUUAGUAAACUUUUGUAACGUAGUAUAAGUUUCAUUUAGCCUCCUAAAUACACGUUUUUGUUGUUGUCAAGUAACAUUCAUUAAAGCCUCUGUCUACUUAAGCCCGAUAUUAGUGCCAUCUCAUUUUCUCACCAUGUAUCAAAAGUAAGAAGAGAAUAUUAAUGAUCAUGUAGCCCAGUGCAGUCCAAAUUGUAUGUUGAAAUGAUUCGUACCAAAUUAUGUUAGUGUACCUGACAAGGUAAUACACGAAAUGUUCAAAUGUGAGGAAUAAAGGAGUUACGAGA